AUGGAUAGAAUCUUUACGUAAAAUUGAAGAACAACUUUCCUCAAGCUACAUUUUUAGAGGGACUAAUUGUUUCUUUUGCGUUGAACAGGGCGAGAGCCAUUAACACCCAGCUGGGCAAAGAGGAAAACAGCCCCUUUUUCAAGCUGCAAGUCACAGGAGAUGCGAACGCUGAGGUGGCGCCUAGUAUCAUAGUGAAACCGCAGGACACUCAAAUCAUCAAGGACCAGGACGUUACUUACAUACAUUGCAUAGCUAAUGCUAGGUCUCUUCACGAGUUGCGAACUUUAUGGACGAAAGACGGGAUCCCCAUCGAGAACUCGAGGAUAUCAUACAGUUUUAACGACUCGUGGAACAGAACUCUGGCAUUGAUAUCGGCAAACAUAACUUACACCGGCGUGUACUCCUGCCACGUGGAUCUAAGAAGCGGUGGAUAUCCAACAGUGAACGCGAGCGCGAAAGUUGUCGUGUACGAAAAACCAACUUUUAUAACGGAAUUGAAGCGAGAGACUCUUAGCGAUUACGGAUCAACUGUCACGUUACCGUGCGAUGCCGUCGGUGUGCCACCUCCUAAAAUCACUUGGUUUCGAAAUGCAGAGCCUGUGGACCACCUUCUUGGAUCCAGAUACGCACUGGAAGAAGAUGGCUCGUUGACAAUUAAAAAGCUAACCAUGGCUGACUCGGGGAUGUUCCAAUGUCUCGCAUCGAACGAGGCUGGCGAGGCAUCCAGCUACACCUGGUUAAAAGCGAAAAAAGGAUUAGAAAGCAGACUGAAAAACAGAGUUGCCCGCUGGGCAGCUGGCUACAAUGUAGUCAGAGUUCGCCAAUCUGAUCGCCGUUUUAGGUUCUCUCAAUAUCCAGACAUUGUAGUUAUAGUAAAUACAUCUGCAAAGCACGAUGAUUUCCUUGUGUGUAAAACACGUUGUUCCUUACGAAAUAUCAUAGAGAGUACUCGACCUACUGAACGAAUAAUGUCAUUACACAACACAAUACAAUAA